GACUCAGUCGAUUGAUAGAACGUAUCCAAUGCGGUUGUUCCUGUAAUUUCGAGGACUGAAACGUCAAUCGAUAAACGAAAACGUCUGUCGCGUUCCAGUCUAAAGUUUUGGAAAAUUUUAUCGACAUAGCCGCCUUGAUAAAUAAUUAUAUUCAGCCAAUCGUUGCUAAGUUGUUAUUAUCAUCAUCGCGAAACGAACUGUCGCGGGUUCUUUUGUUUUUGUUCCGUCAUCCGUUUACAACAGAUUAAGUUAGUCAUUCGCGAGUGUGGGAGUUAUAGACAUAUUAGUUUUUGUGCGUAAAUUUAUCUGUAUAACUGUUGCGUGAAAUAUUCAAUUAAAAGAUGCAGAGACCACUGAACAUUCAACACCAUACACAAUGAGGCUCCAAGAUCCAGGAAGGCUUUGUCUUGAUGGUACAAAUAGAGAAAUAUCGCCACCCAUGACUUGUUAAGAUAGUCAAGAAUAACCGAAACAUCACAAAAGAAACAUCACAGUAUAUUUAUUAACCCUAGAAUAAUCAGGAAUCAUGCCUUCCGUAAUAUCGAAAUUUCUCCAGAAAGGAGAAGAAGUGUUCAAUCAAAACCAGUCAAAUAUAUCCACAAUUGUGAUCGGAGCAGCUUUAAUAACGUACGCCUACAAAAUAGGCUAUCCUGCGUUUGAAAAUUAUUUAUUUAAACCCAACAAAGAAGCGGACAGCUUGAAAAAUAAUCUAGUCAUUUCGAAUAGCGUUAGUGGUAAAAAUCGGGGACUUGCGAAGAAUGGAAUGAUUCAAAACGGAGAUGCCAAGACGAAAGCAGUGAUAUCCAAGCGAAACUAUUUGAGAAACAUCCCUAACUUUAAUCUAGCUUUUAUCUUGCAAUUUAUCAAAUUGGUUCGGAUCAUGAUUCCCAGUCCAUUUUGCACGGAAACUGCCCUUUUAAGCGGCCACACGUUAUCCCUGUUCUUAAGGACUAUCCUCAGUAUCUAUGUGGCGAACUUGGAAGGCGCUAUAGUUAAAUAUAUAGUGCGGAAAGACCCUCACAACUUUAUUAAGCAGCUGAUGAAGUGGUUCGCGGUGGCUAUUCCAGCGACGUUUAUUAAUAGUAUGAUAAGGUAUUUAGAGAGCAGAAUAGCACUGAGUUUCCGAACAAGAUUAGUUGAACAUUCCUAUAAACUAUAUUUUAAAUCACAAAGUUACUAUCGGGUGACCGUUCUAGAUGGAAGAUUAGACAACUGUGCUCAGAGAUUGACAGAUGAUAUAGAAACUGUAGCCAGUACAGUUUCUCACCUGUACGGACAAAUAACCAAACCUUGUUUCGACAUAUUACUAAUGGCUAUUGCUUUGGCUAAUUUGGUUAAAGCCAGGACUUCCAAUCUGUUGAUAGGCCCAACUAUUAUUAGUGGAGUUGUCGUGAUAUCUGCUCUUGUUUUAAGGCUAGUGUCUCCUAGAUUUGGUCACUUAGUAGCUCAAGAAGCAGAAAAGAAAGGUUAUCUUCGACAUGUCCACGGAAGAAUAGUAUCCAAUGCCGAAGAAAUUGCUUUUUAUAGUGGUCACAAAGUUGAACAAAGCCAUCUAAAAAGCGCAUACAGAAUCCUAACUCAGCAUUUAGAACAUAUGUUUGGCGUUAAGUUAUGGUUUGUCAUGCUAGAACAAUUUUUAAUGAAAUAUGUUUGGUCAGGAACCGGCAUGAUAGUGGUUUCUCUUCCAGUCUUUUUACCACAGGUAAUUCCCAAGAAAACCAAACGGAAAUUAGCCCUCCCAGCCUCUGGGUCCAGCAAAGGAAAUAGUAAUUUAGAAACAGACGAUUUGGAGGCGGUACAAGAUCCAAUAUCAGAAAGAACUCACUAUUUUACAACUGCUAAAAAUUUAUUAGUUACUGGUUCCAAUGCUGUGGAACGAUUAAUGAGCAGUUACAAAGAUAUUGUCGAGUUAGCCGGGCAUACUGCUCGUGUUGCUAAUAUGUUUGCUGUUCUGGAAGAGGCUAGUCAGGGUAUAUACCAUAAAACAGUGGUUGCAAAAAAAGAAAAAGCUGGUAGUUUUGAAGUAGAGUUUAGAGGAGAUCAGCCAAUAGCAAAAGGAAAAUUGAUAGUUUCUACUAAUAAUGAGAUUAUUUUAAAAGAUGUUCCAAUAGUUACUCCUAACUGUGAUGUGGUGUGUCCAUCUUUAAGUUUCCAUUUAAAACCUGGGCAACACUUACUGAUAACUGGUCCAAAUGGGUGUGGAAAAUCCAGCUUAUUUAGAAUCCUAAGCGGUCUUUGGCCAGUGUAUGGCGGUGAACUUACCACUCCGAAAAAUGCAAUGUUUUAUAUACCUCAAAGGCCCUAUAUGGUCAUUGGGAAUUUAAGGGACCAAAUCAUCUAUCCAGAUACUUACGCUGACAUGAUUAAUAAACAAAUUUCGGAAGAAGAUUUAAGGAAAAUAAUGCGUUUAGUAUAUUUAGAGCAUAUUGUAGAAAGAGAUACUUUCCACGAGGUCAAAGACUGGACAGAUAUUCUCUCUGGUGGAGAGAAGCAAAGGAUGGCUAUUGCAAGGUUAUUCUAUCACAAACCAAAAUAUGCAUUAUUAGAUGAAUGCACCUCAGCAGUCUCUAUUGAUGUAGAAAGCAACAUGUACCAGACAGCAAUUGACAUGGGCAUCACACUGCUUACUAUUACCCACAGGCCUACAUUAUGGAAAUUCCACACUCACAUUCUUCAGUUUGAUGGUCAAGGUAACUGGGAAUUUUCCGAAUUAAAUUUCACAAGUAGAUUGGAACUUAAAAAGGAAAAGGAAGAGUGGCUUAAAAAAACAGACAGUCCAGAGAAAACUGCCAGAAUACAGGAAAUCAAUAAACAGUUAGGAGAGGAUGACGACGAAUAACGAUAUUUGUUAUUUUAAUUUGUAUAUUGUAUUUAUUGAUCUGUCUUCCAUGUAUCCAAACUUAACUGGAUAGUUAAUAAUAUAACUAAAUCAUAUUAGAACAAAAAAAUCUCAGGUUAAAUGGCUGAAUUAUUUUUACUGAACUACUGUAUGUGUUUUAAAUAAUGCCACUUUUAUUUUGCCAAAAUUCUAGAUAUAUAGGGUCUAUUUAAAAUCAGCUUAUCUAUCUUGUGGUUUAGAUUAAGAACAACAGUGCAAUAUUGUGAUUUUUUUAUUGUUAGUGUUUUAAAAUAUUUAAUGUUAUGGGAUUUAAGUAAAUCGUGUUUGUUAAGAAUAUUUACUAUUAAAAGAUAAAUUUUA